AGGAAAAGACCGGAGCACUCCAGUGUACACACCCUCUCUCUCUCUCUCACACACACACACACACACUCACACACACAUACACUCCAGUCGAGGACAUUCUGUUAUCAUGGCAUUUAAUGGAACAUGGAAAGUGGACCGCAGUGAGGACUAUGACAAGUUCAUGGAGCAGAUGGGCAUUAACCUGGUGAAGAGAAAACUCGCAGCACAUGACAACCUGAAGAUCACGCUGGAGCAGAAUGGAGAUACGUUCCACGUGAAGGAGGUCAGCACGUUCCGCACACUGGAGCUCAACUUCACGCUGGGAGUCACGUUCGAGUACUCGCUCGCCGAUGGAACCGAGCUCUCCGGCACCUGGGUGAUGGAGGGUGAUGUGCUGAAAGGAUCCUUCGUCCGUAAAGACAACGGAAAAACUCUGACCACCGUCAGGCACAUUGUAGGCGAUGAACUCGUGCAGAGCUACAGUUAUGAAGGUGUGGAAGCUAAGAGGAUUUUCAAGAAGGAGUAAAUGCAGCGCGUCUGAAUCAGCGAGAGAAAAUCUCACCUUUCACCUCGUCGCCUCAACCAGAACCUGGGCAGCUUUCUUCCACCAUCCUCCUGCAUCCUGGCUGAUCCACGUUCAGCACCUCGGUCUUUAUCUGCACUUCUUAUUUUGAUAUUUAAAGAAAUAAAGUCACUUUUGAGAUGUG